AUGGAUCCAUCAUCUUCUGGAAUUCAGGAGCCUUUCGACCUCAUCCGGCUCUCCCUCAGCGAACGCGUCUUCGUUAAACUUAGAGGGGACAGGCAGUUAACGGGGAUCCUCCAUGCGUACGAUGGACAUAUGAACCUCAUACUCAGUGAUGUUGAAGAGACCAUCAUGAUCGUCGACGUCGACGAUGAAAAUGUCACAGCUGGAUCUAAGACAGUCAACGUCGCCAAACGGAAAAUGGAUAUGCUGUUUGUACGAGGAGAUGGAGUUAUCUUGGUUUCACCACCUUCACGGACAUGA